AUGCGCGCCCUCACUCUAGGCAUAUCGACCGUUGCGGCCAUUGCAGCCUUCGCCAGCCUCGUUGCAGGCCAGGCGGGGCCAGAAAUCACCGAUCCCGCUGUCCUGCCCCCAAGCGAAGGCGACGUGGAAACGUCCACUCCUGAACUGACGUCGGACGACGAGUACUUCGUCGACGAGUCGGAGGGAGCAAGGCUGGCCAAGAGAACCCCGCCGGCCGGAGUGUACAUCUGCAACAACAAGAACUGGGUGCAGCCGUGUUCCUGGAACAAGCUCACCGACUCGAAGUGCAUGGACUUUCCUACGGAUGCCGGCUCGUCUGUCGGGCCUCCUGUCGGUUGGCAGUGCAAGAUCUACUACGCCGCAAACUGCGCCGCGACAAACGGCAUGACGGACGGCAAACUCACGUACCCCGGCACGGCAAACUUGGGAGCCCUGUACAACAAUUACGACAAGCCGGCGUCUAUCAAGUGCAGGCAGUGCCCGCCAGGAACAAACUCACCCUGGUAA